AUGCUCGUCACUCAGCCGAUUCGUCCACGGCCGACCAAGACGCGGUCGAGAGCAGGUUCGUAUGACGCCUCCCUCCAUGGCAGCCUCAAACCCGAGAUUUCUGACAUGGGCUUUGUAAUCGAUUUCAGGAUGCAAAUACUGAGAAAGAAGUGCUCAGAGGAGCAUCCCCAGUGCCUUCGUUGUGUGCAGGCCGGUAUUGUCUGCGUAUAUGAACCGAUCAAGAAGAGAAAGAGAAGAACUUCCGCCAGAGCAGUGGACGCUCAAGACUCCAUUGCGUCAGACGACUCGAGCAGUCCGACAGGCAACACAGAUUUUCAGACAAGUCCGGAUACGAAUAUCGUCACCCCACCCGAUGCCCUUCAACUAGGCGCCGAAGAUACUCUUUCUCCAACAUCGGCUGUUGACAGUUGCUACUCUGCUUCAAUCGAAGCCGUGUUUCCCUUUCAUGAAGAUCUCGACGACACAGGCAGUUACGAAUUUGCCUUCGAGGCCUCGGAAACCUACGGGGGCGGCUUCACAAUGGUGGCGGAUCUGGGUUGUCAAAAAUCAGCCGAUAUCCACCUCCCGCUCCAUUUUGCGACUAUCGACCAUGGCUUGCAGCAGCCGGCAGAUGAUUACUUCAUGAACGCCAAAUUUGAUGUACCUUGGAACGAGCAACCCUGGUCGACCGCAUCUCCGCCCUUGUUAGAUCUGCUGCCACCGUCUUACCACGCCAUUCCCGAUUGCCCGGAGAACACCGGCUUGUUAGAUCACUACUCCAAGGUCAUGUUGCCGACAAUGGGGUUUGUUGAUGAUGUUGAAAACCCCUUUGGGAAGCACAUCUUGCCCCUUGCACAUAGGAGUUCCGCCGUUCGAAGUGCGAUCUACGCGUUGGCUAGCGCUCAUCGUGAAUAUGCCGGCCUUGAGACCACGGAGGGAUCUGCGUGUUUCCAUGAAAGGGCUGUGGCUGGUCUGUCUGCGAUUAUCGAGGAUGGAGACGGAUUUGAAGAAGCUCUGGCAACAAUUAUUCUACUAAUUCAGUACGACUUGGUGGUACAGCGGAGCUCAGCAAACGUUGUCCAUAAUCAUCUCCAGGGUGCACGUCACUUUAUUUGUGCCAUGCCGUCCCCCAAGCUUCUGAGUGUUGUAUUCUUUGAACAGGUAUUUCGCUACUUUGAUGUGCUCAACGCCCUAACGAACGCCUCGUCUCCCGUUUUCGCAGCGCCCUCAAAUCGAGCUUACACACCGAGUAGCUCGCCACCACCCGUCAUCUUUGGUGGAAUCGACCCCGUGCUGGGUAUGGCCAAUGAUCUUUGGCCUACACUGCAUCGCCUUGCAGAGCUCAUGGCGAUGAAGCGCGAGCUUCAAGCCGCCACGGCGACGGGGCAAACCUCCAAGUUUGCUGUCCUCCGUACCGAAUACCAAACGACUUACAAGGCAAUCGAGAAAUCCCUAGAGUCGUGGAGUCCGAUUCUGCCACCUGGCUUUUCUUUGGUCAACCGCAUCGUAGACGGCCCCGAAAGCGCAUCAGAGGCGAAGCUUGCCAACAUCCGGUGGAUCACGAGUACGGCACUUGCAUACAGACAGAGCGCCUUGGUAUUCCUAUACAGUACCGUUUCGGAAUACCCGUCAUCACAUCACUUGGUGCAGAAACACACGCAGGCGGCUCUAUGGCACUGCGCGGCGUCGGUGUCACAUGGCGGAACAGGACUCUCCCUGUUGUGGCCGCUCUUCUUCUCGGCUUGUCAUGCCAUCUGCAGCAGGGACCGAGGCCUGGUACGGCAGGCGUUUACUGCCUUUGGCAGCAAGACUGGUGUGGUUGACACGGAAAAGCCGUGGGCUGUUGUCAUGGACGUGUGGAGAAGAAUGGACAUGCGAGCCUACGGCAAGGAGCAGGUGGGUUCUGAGGCCUGUCCGGAUUUGUGGAGGCAAGUGGCGGCAAGCAUGAAGUUUGGCCUUGUGUUUGGCUGA